GAGAAGCAGAAGCUGUGUGGUUUUGAUUCAUUUAUCCACAAACUUCCCAGUUCCCUUCUCUUUAUUAUUUAUUUAUUUAUUUCACUCUCUCUCUAUGCAUAAAGAAUGAAGAAAAAAGAAAUGAACUUAAACAGAGAGUAGCUUACAAAAUGUCCCUUCUUCGAAAAUCUUUAGCUGCAAAUUCUUCAGUAUUCACUCCUAGCGAAGCAGCCACAGUAGCCAUGAUUCACUCUGCUUCUCAUAGAGUACUGUUGCGAAGAAGUAGUUGUUCUUCUUCGUUGAGGACUGCCACUUCUGUUGACUUAUUUUAUCGAAGAGGAAGCGUUCUCUCUCUCUUUAGCACUGUUACGAACUAUUCUACGAGUUCUAGUGACGAUUUUUUUCCCUCUUCAAAGCAAAGAUCUCGAGGACCGGUUAUGGCUGCAAAAAAAGCAUCGGGGGGGGAAAACCAAGAAGAAGGGAGGUACAAGCAUACAGUUGAUUUACCUAAGACAACGUUUGGGAUGAGAGCAAAUGCUUUGGUGAGGGAGCCUGAGAUUCAGAAACUAUGGGAAGAUAAUCAAGUGUUCAAGAGAGUAGUUGAUAAGAAUGAAGGGGAACAUUUUGUUCUUCAUGAUGGCCCGCCUUAUGCCAAUGGCGAGUUACACAUGGGUCACGCCCUUAAUAAGAUCUUGAAGGAUGUAAUUAACCGUUAUAAGAUUCUUCAAAAUUACAAAGUUCAUUAUGUGCCUGGUUGGGAUUGUCAUGGCUUGCCAAUUGAGUUGAAAGUUCUGCAGUCAAUGGAUCAGGAAGCAAGAAAGGAUCUGACACAAUCAAAAUUAAGAGCUAAGGCAGCCAAAUUUGCUAAAGCAACUGUCAAAACUCAGAUGGCAUCAUUUAAGCGCUUUGGAGUGUGGGGAGACUGGGAAAGGCCUUAUCUAACCCUAGAUCCAGAAUAUGAAGCUGCUCAGAUUGAAGUGUUUGGCCAGAUGGCCUUUCAAGGAUACAUUUAUAGGGGCAGGAAACCAGUUCACUGGAGUCCUUCAUCACGUACUGCUCUUGCAGAGGCUGAGUUGGAGUAUCCAGAGGGCCAUGUUUCAAAAAGCAUAUAUGCCAUAUUUAGAGUAGUGAGCGCACCUCCAACUUCAGAUGGGUUAUUAGAGGAAUUCUUUCCAGAUUUGUGCCUGGCCAUAUGGACUACAACUCCCUGGACUGUUCCGGCCAACGCUGCCGUUGCUGUCAAUGCCAAGCUUCAAUAUGCUGUAAUUGAAGUGCAGUCAUUCUCAGGAGAUGCUUCUGCAUCCUCUGGAAAUAAGAAACAAAGGCUUGGACAUGUUCUGAAGGAACAGAAGAAACCUUUUCUUAUAGUAGCAUCUGAUCUUGUGCCAACACUAGAAGCAAAAUGGGGUGUGAAACUAGUUGUCAGAAAAACACUGUUAGGUUCAGAUCUUGAAAACUGCCGGUAUAUUCAUCCAAUAGAUAAGAGGGAAUGCCCAGUUGUCAUUGGUGGGGAUUAUAUUACAACAGAAUCAGGAACUGGACUGGUGCAUACAGCUCCUGGUCAUGGUCGGGAGGAUUAUGUAACUGGCCUGAAAUAUGGACUACCUAUAAUAUCCCCUGUAGAUGAUGACGGGAAGUUUACUGAAGAAGCCGUGCAGUUUAGUGGACUUGAUGUACUUGGGGAUGGAAAUAUUGCUGUCAUGAAAUACCUGGAUGAACAAAUGCUCCUUAUCAUGGAGGAAUCAUAUCAGCACACCUAUCCAUAUGAUUGGCGAACUAAAAAGCCCACAAUAUUCAGAGCCACUGAGCAAUGGUUUGCUUCAGUAGAAGGGUUUCGCCAGUCAGCUAUGGAGGCAAUUAGCCAAGUGAAAUGGAUUCCACCUCAGGGAGAAAACAGAAUAACUGCAAUGACUUCAAGCCGCUCUGACUGGUGCAUAUCAAGACAAAGGACAUGGGGUGUCCCCAUUCCAGUCUUUUACCAUUUGAAGACAAAGGAACCACUUUUGAAUGAAGAGACUAUUGACCAUAUCAAAUCUAUAAUAGCCCUCAAGGGUAGUGACGCAUGGUGGUAUAUGAAAGUGGAGGAUUUGCUCCCAGAAAAAUAUCGUGAUCAAGCAUCAGAUUAUGAAAAAGGGAUGGACACAAUGGAUGUCUGGUUUGAUUCAGGUUCUUCAUGGGCUGCUGUGUUGGGAAAAAGUGGUGCCCCUAAAUUUCCUGCAGACUUGUAUCUUGAAGGUACAGAUCAACAUCGUGGGUGGUUCCAGAGCUCCCUGUUAACUAGUAUUGCUACAAAAGGAAAGGCUCCAUAUACUAGUGUUAUUACUCAUGGAUUUGUAUUGGAUGAGAAAGGUUGUAAGAUGAGCAAAUCAUUGGGUAAUGUUGUAGAUCCACAUACUAUAAUUGAAGGAGGAAGAAACUCAAAGGAAGCACCUGGCUAUGGCGCUGAUGUCUUGCGACUCUGGGUUUCUAGUGUAGAUUAUACAGGUGAUGUCAUGAUCGGUACUCAAGUCCUUCGGCAAAUUUCUGACAUAUAUAGGAAGCUUCGAGGAACUUUGAGAUACCUUUUGGGAAAUCUGCAUGACUGGGAGCAGGCUGGCAAUGCUAUUUCGUACAAUGAUCUUCCCAUGAUUGAUAAGCACGCCCUAUUUCAGCUGGAAAAUGUUGUCAACACCAUUAGAGAGAGUUAUGACAACUAUCAAUUUUUCAAGAUAUUUCAGAUCAUUCAGCGGUUUGUUAUUGUUGACCUAUCCAAUUUCUAUUUUGAUGUUGCCAAAGAUCGACUUUAUGUUGGGGGCACAACAAGUCAUACAAGGAGAAGUUGCCAAACAGUUCUUGCUGCACAUCUCCUUUCCAUUGCGAGGGUAAUUGCACCCAUAUUACCUCAUUUGGCUGAAGAUGUGUGGCAGAAUCUUCCAUUUCAGUUUACUGUCCAGGAUGGUUCUGCUGCCAAGUUUGUUUUUGAAUCGAAGUGGCCUGCUCCCAAUGAAAAAUGGCUUGCUUUUCCUAUUGAAGAAAUUGACUUUUGGGGAAAAAUUCUUGAGCUGAGAACCGAGGUGAACAAAGUUCUGGAGGUUGCUCGUACAGGCAAGUUGAUUGGGUCCAGUUUGGAGGCAAAGGUUUAUCUACACACUUCUGACGCCAGCCUUGCUUCUAGAUUACAUGAAAUGUGCACGGCCAGCAAUGACGCUGAUGCAUUGCAUCGCAUAUUCAUAACAUCCCAGGCGGAGAUGCUUCAUCAUGUGGAGGAUGAGGUUCUUAAAGCUAUUCCAUACAGUGGUGAAUAUCUCAUUCAAGGAAGCGAAAGAGUUUGGAUUGGUGUGUCACGAGCAGAAGGCCUGAAAUGUGAAAGAUGUUGGAAUUACACACCUCAAGUUGGUUCCUUUGUGGAGCAUCCGACACUAUGUGGCCGCUGUUAUAAAGUGGUCGCUGUCCGACCAGAACCUGCUGUGUCUGCAGCCUGCUGAGACUAAAAAUUAAUAGAAGCUGGACUGCAUACAACCCCACCCAGUUGCCAAUGAGGCAAGGACAUGACUAAAAAUUAAUAGCCUUUCUUUUCAAUUGAGUUGGCUAAUGCAUUUCACAGUUUUGACAAUGAAGUGACAGUUUUGACAAAUCAAGUAGAUUUCAUUGGACGGCGGCACAGCCAAUCAAUAGGGUGUACAGCACCGUGCUGGAUAGAGAAAAAUGCAAGCCAAACAUGUUUUUCUUCUUGGUGGCUAUAUUUGUUGCGUAUUCGAGUUACUCUCUUAUUCUCUCUCUAAUGAAAUUGGGAAUUUGUUUUUGAUAA